UUGCAUGCCAGUGUGGGUGUACGUCUGGCUGUUGCUUGUUCUUCCCCAAGAUUUAGGAAAUUCCCAAAGAGCCUGCUGUUGCUGGGAAAUUUCCCAGACACCUUCCCAUUUCCAAUUCCAAUACCCAAGUUACUUUUAAAGUAUAGUAGUAUUGUUGCGUAUGCCACAGCAAAGUUACUCGGGGAAAAUGGGGUUAGACAUCGUGGAGCCAAACACUUGCGUCAGAGGUUGCUGCUCAAGCAACUCCAUCCCUCUUCACCUCCCUCCUCCUUCCUUCACUCUUCUUUCCCCAGUUGCCAAGGGGGCUGAGAGCGUUGUUUACGAGGCAAUUUUGGACGGAAAGAAAGUUGCUGCCAAGAAACCAAUCCUGUCUACCUCCGAGGAGUUGGAUAAAUUUCACAAGGAAUUGCAGCUCCUAUGCAAGCUUCAUCAUCCUGGAAUAGCAACCCUCCUCGCUGCCCAUGCCAAGCCCCCCAAUUAUAUCUUCUUCUUUGAAUUCUAUGAACAAAGCAAUCUGGCUCAUAAAUUACACGUUCAAGAAUGGAUUCCCGAUCUUGAUCAGGCUCUUUUAAUCACGCUCCAGUUAGCGAAGGCUUUGCAAUACCUGCAUGACCAAGGGAUCAUACAUAGAGAUGUGAAGCCGGCAAAUAUUCUUCUUGACAGAAGCUUUUCUGCACACCUAGCCGACUUUGGUUUAGCAGAGUAUAAGAAAGAUCUUAGACGAGUUUCUACUGAGAAUUGGAGAUCAUCUGGCAAGCCAACAGGUGGUUUUCACAAAAAAAAUAUGGUUGGCACUCUUAUUUACAUGGCACCUGAGAUAUUGACCAAGGAGGUUCAUACUGAGAAAUCAGAUGUCUACAGCUUUGGAGUAUCUAUCAAUGAAUUGCUAACUGGCAUUAUCCCAUACACUGAUAUUCGUGCUGAAGCUCAGGCCCAUACCGUUCUGGAGAUGAACUAUACCGAACAGCAACUUACUGCAGCUGUGGUCUCUGGUGGACUGCGACCGGUUCUUGCUGGUAUUGAAUCUGGAGUGCCAGCAAGUAUGCUGUCACUAAUUCAAAAGUGUUGGGAUGCGAAUCCUCAAAAUAGGCCUUCAUUUAACGAUAUAGUGUUAGAACUAGAUGGUAUUUUGCAUCAAAGAAAGAAAAUGGAGAAAGAGGAUUUAUCUCUUCAUCAAUCUUCCAUUGCUCAUGGUCAUCGAGUUAUGGAUAGGAUUAACAACCUUCAUAGCUAUCAGGAAAAUAUUAACUGGUCUACUCAGGGAGAAUAUUUGUCCAAAAAAGCUUCUGUUGGAGUACAUUCUGGUUUCAGAAUAUGGCUUGAUUCUUUUGAUGACUCUUUGACAUACCAACCAGUGCUUUCUUGGGGAUCCUUUGCUACAUGUGGGAGACGGGAGAGUAUGGAGGACACACACUUUCUUAUGCCUUACAUAUGUGAUGAGAAGGAUGUUCAUGUUUUUGGUGUCUUUGAUGGCCAUAGAGGUGCAGCAGCAGCUGAGUUUUCAGUUCAAGCAUUGCCAGAAUUUCUUAAAAUCAUAGGUUCUACAUGCAGUCCUGCUGAUGCACUGUUGGAAGCAUUUGUUAGGACAGAUGUUGCAUUCAGAGAUGAACUUGAUUCUCAUCGAAAAUCCAAGAGGGUUAUUCAAAAGGACUGGCAUCCUGGUUGCACUGCAGCUGCUGCUUUAAUAGUUAGAAACAAGCUUUUUGUUGCUAAUGCAGGUGAUUGCAGGACAAUUUUAUGUCGGAACAGGUGCCCCAUAGCUCUAAGUAGGGAUCAUGUCGCAAGCUGCCCUGAGGAGAGAAAGCGUGUUGUGAGUGCAGGGGGGCAAGUAAAAUGGCAAGUUGAUACUUGGAGGGUUGGUCCUGCUGCACUUCAGGUAACCCGCUCCAUUGGUGAUGGUGAUUUGAAGCCUGCUGUAACUGCAGAACCUGAGAUAACUGAAACUGUACUUUCAGUGGAGGAUGAAUUCCUGGACAUUUGAUACUUGUGUAAUGCAAUGUCGUAAAACGACAUUUGGAAAUUUUUUAUUUCCUUUGGUGCAAAAACUUUUUUGGCGGUUUACAAUAAGUUGAGGCAACUACUGGCACACAAACAGUGGAAGUCCCUGUGGUUCCUGGACUUGGUGGAAAUUUGUAUGUUGUGGAUGUGAUAACUGGACUUCAAAUCUUAGAAUUGAGUUUAAGACGGAUUAGAUCAACUGUAAUGACUUUAUCAUCAUUAGCAUAUGAAGAUGGAAACACAAGGGGAAAAGCCCUAUUAGAAUGAUCUUCAUGGUACAGUUUGAAUUUGAAUCUGCUUGUUUUAGGACUUUCUUUUUUGAUGCAAUGCUUGUUUAGGAGACAAUGUAGUAGUAAAACAACAUUUGGAAAUUUUUUAUUCCCUUUGGUGCAAAAAUUUUUUUGAUGGUUUUACAAUAAGUUGAGGCAAACUACCGGCACACAUCAGUGGAAGUCCCUGUGGUUCCUGGACUUGAAAAAUUAUCUUAAAAUAGGGUUUGAU